AUGCUUUCAACAACAAUCCGUUUAUUAAUGCGUAGUGGAACAUUAAUUCGACCAAUAAUAACAACAGUUCGUCCAUUAUCAAUAAAACCAACUCUUAUUAAUUUUAAUGAAAAACGUAAAACAUUAAUAAAUGAAAUUCCACGUCGUUGGUCCCAUGUUCAUUAUACAUAUCCAAUGAUUGAAAGUCGUGUUAUGCUUUUAUUACGUUUAUUUGAUAAAAUUGAUCCAAAUUCAUUAAAAUUAGAUUCAAAAUUUGUACAAGAUCUUGGUCUUGAUUCGUUAGAUAUUGUUGAAAUAACAGCUGCAUUAGAAGAUGAAUUUUGGACUGAAAUUGCUGAUGUUGAUUCUGAUCAUUUUCUUACACCAAGACAUAUAAUUCAAUAUUUAUGUGACAAAUAUGAUAUUUAUGAACAUAUUGAACCAGUAUCAGCUGGAAAAGAAUAUUUAGAAGAAGCUAAAGCAGCUGCUGAUAGAGCUCACCAUCAUUAA